AUGAGAAAUACUAAAGAAGCUAGGUUCCCGAAACCAAUCCGGUUGGAUCCUAGCCAAAGAGAUCCUAAUCUAUGGUGUGAAUUCUAUAGGACUCACGGCCAUAAGACUGGGGAUUGCCGACAUCUUCGAGAAGAAGUGGCAACGUUGCUGAAGAUUGGUCACCUAAGAGAGUUCUUAAGCGACCGUGCCACGAACAACUAUGUGAGAAGCCUGGAUAAUGCAAAGCCAUCAAAACUGACAGCGGGGUCACCCGGGAUGAAAAUCAACAUGAUAUUCAGAGGAAAUGAAGUCAAUAGGGUGACAUUUUUGGCAGAAAAGAAGACGAAGAUAUCAGUGACUCAUGGUUUCAAAAUUAAGCGUGUUUUGGUUGAUCCAGGAAGUUUAGCCAACAUCAUACAAUGGAUAGUCCUGGAGCAAGCGAAGUUAAUCAAAAAUAUAAUUCCGGCGGCAAAGCUCCUAGCUAGCUUCAAUCUAACAAGUGUGACAACCCGAGGAGAAAUUUUAUUGCCACCCAUGUCGAAGGUGUAA